AUGCUGCAGCAGACGACCGUCGCGGCGGUACGAAGCUAUUUUUACGCCUUCACCGCCCGGUGGCCGACGAUCGCCGCGCUUGCGGCGGCGGACGAGGAAGACAUUCUCAAGGCCUGGGCCGGGCUCGGCUAUUAUUCGCGGGCGCGCAACCUGAAGAAAUGCGCCGACGCAAUCAUGGCCGACCAUGGCGGCGCGUUCCCCGCCGAUCUCGACGCAUUGCGCGCCUUGCCCGGCAUCGGCGACUACACGUCGGCGGCAAUUGCGGCCAUCGCCUUCGACCUUCCGGCCGCCGUGGUCGACGGCAAUGUGGAACGCGUGGUCACGCGCCUCAAAGCGAUUGACACGCCGCUGACCAAGGCCAAGCCGGCCAUCAAGGCCGAGGUGGCGGCGAUGCUCGAUCCCGAACGACCGGGCGAUUUCGCGCAGGCGACGAUGGAUCUGGGCGCCACGAUCUGCACGCCCAAGCGGCCGGCAUGUCUGCCAUGUCCGCUGCGGUCGGAAUGCGCCGCUCUCGAUCAGGGCGACCCGGAACGUUUCCCCGUCAAGGCGCCCAAAAAGGACAAGCCGCUGCGUGUCGGUGCGGCCUUCGUCCUGGUGCGCGACGACGGUGCGGUGCUGCUGGAAAAGCGGGCCGGAACCGGGCUUCUGGCCGGCAUGACGCAGGUGCCAACGACCGGAUGGAACGCGCGCCACGACGGCGAAACCGGUUCUGACGCCGCGCCGGUCGCUGGCACCGAAUGGCGCCGAUGCGGGCAGGUGCGGCAUGUCUUCACCCAUUUCGCGCUCGAUCUGACAGUCUGGCACGCCCUGUCGAACCACAGGGCCAGCGACGGGCAAUGGUGGUCGCCAGCUUCCGAACUUGCCGGCGAAGCGCUGCCCACCGUCAUGGGACCCGCCGCCAUGCAUACCAUUCGACACAUCGUCUUCGACAUCGGCAAGGUGCUGAUCCAUUACGAUCCGGGACUGCCGUUCAAGCGCAUCAUCCCGGACGACGAAAAGCGCCGCUGGUUUCUGGCCAAUGUCUGCACGCCGGCCUGGAACAUCGAACAGGAUCGCGGCCGGUCAUGGGCCGAUGCCGAGGCCGAACUGAUCGCCGCACACCCGGACUGGGCGCGCGAAAUCCGCGCCUUCCGGCAGAAUUGGCGCGAGAUGGUGCCGCAUGCCUACGAUGGCAGCGUUGCCAUCCUGGUCGAACUGAUCGAGGUCGGAACCGAUAUCACCUUCCUGACCAACUUCGCAGCCGACACGUUCGCCGAGGCGCAGACCCUGUACCCGUUCCUGAAAUCGGGGCGCGGCGUGACGGUCUCCGGGCGAGUUCAGCUCAUCAAGCCCGACCCGGCGAUCUAUGCGCUGCACACCGACACGUUCGAUCUCGAUCCUGCGGCAACGCUGUUCAUCGACGACAGCGAACAGAACGUCGAGGCGGCGCGCGCAUUCGGAUGGCACGCCGUGCACUUCACAAGCGCCGAAGCGCUGCGGGAAGACCUGCAGCGCUUCGGGUUUCGGCCUGAUUGA